GUUACUGUGACAGCAGGGCGAGAAUGUAAAGAUUUAUGCUUGUCAUUAUAGGCGUGGUUUCAUUUACUGUCAGGCCUGAAGGAAGUCUUCUCAAUCCACGUUAGUCACACUCUCUGCCAGGGCCAUCCUUCCCAGAACAGAGGCGCAUUCCGGUGAUUCUCAGCGCGUCUCUCUACCCGCCCGACCGGUAAGUCAGUCAUUCGGUCGGUCCGCGGUGCAAGGCGGGCUCACCGGCAGGCGUAAAGCGGCUCCAAGCGCGCAGCGCGGCGGGGGCGCGUUUCCAGGACCAGCGAUGUGCGAGUGUCUGCGGAGGCUUUGCCCCAGGCUGGAGCGGCUGUGGAGCAGCCUAGGGAAGGAGAAGCCCAAAGAUGAGAGCGAAGAGGUCCGAGUGGAGCGGCCUGUCAUCAGGAGACCCUCGGUCGCCCCGCCGCCCCCGGAGAGGUCGCCGGAGAGCGCCAUCUACACGGGGAUCUGGUCGUUCGAAUCCCGGCACAAGGACGAGCUGUCCUUCCAGGAGGGGGACGUGCUGGACGUGAUCAGCCGCGACGGAGACUGGUGGAUAGCGAGGAAGAUCGACCAGAACGGGCGCGUCGUCGGCACCGGGAGAGUUCCCCACAACUACCUGGCGAGGGCCGAGUCCCUGCAGAUGCAGCCAUGGUUUUACGGGACGAUGAGUCGCUUCGAAGCCCAAAACCACUUGAUGGAUCCAGAAAACCAGGAGGCGGCGUUCCUCGUCCGACAGAGCGAGAGAGACACCGUUGGAUACGUUCUUUCAGUGAAAUCCAACGGUCAGAUCAGGCAUUUUCGGAUCUUCAGCUCAGAUGGGAGUUUUCACGUGGAGCCCAACCAGCGCUUCGACUCUCUGAUCGACCUGGUGGACUACUACUGCAAGAACAGCCUCAACAACAUAGCUUCUCUGGGGACGCCGUGCAAGAGGAAAAAGCCAAACAUUGAAGAUAUCAACCAUUUGCUGGAUGGUUGGGUUCUCCCAAAACACGAGUUCACCAUCGGGGACCAGCUCGGCGCCGGCUGUUUUUCUCAGGUCUUCCGGGGCACCUGGAAGAACCACAUCAAUGUCGCCAUUAAGAUCUUGAAAAACGACUCUAUGAACAACAAAGAGUUUCAAGGGGAAGUUGAAGUCCUGAAGAGACUGCACCAUCGUCACCUCAUCUCCCUGUUUGCCGUUUGCACCGAUUCACCGCCGUACUACAUCAUCACCGAGCUGAUGGCGAAAGGCAACCUGCUCAAGUUUCUCAGAGGACCAGAAGGACAAAAUCAAGACAUCGCCUCGCUGAUUGACAUGGCUACCCAGGUGGCUGAUGGGAUGUCAUACCUGGAAGAGCAGAAAAGCAUCCACAGAGACCUGGCGGCUCGGAACGUUCUCGUGGGCGAGGACUACAUCUGCAAGGUGGCGGACUUUGGGCUGGCACGAAUCAUUAAGGAGCCGUUCUAUAUCUCGGAAGAUAAAAAGAUUCCCUACAAAUGGUCGGCGCCCGAAGCCAUCAGCCAUGGGAGGUUCUCCAACAAGUCAGACAUCUGGUCUUUUGGAGUUUUGCUCUACGAGAUCAUGACCUACGGAGGUAUUCCAUACCCAGCUUUCAACAACCAGGAAGUGUACGAGAAAGUCACGAAGGGAUACAGGAUGGAGGCACCGGCCAAAUGUCCCAGCUUUCUCUACAAAAUAAUGCUAAAAUGCUGGCAGGAAGACCCAGAGGACAGACCGGACUUCAAAGCUGUCAAGGUCCUGCUGGAAAGCAGCUCCUAUGAGCUGGAGUGAACGGCCUUUUACCACCUGUCAUACAUGCUCUACACCACAGGGGGGCAGCAGAGGGCGGGAAGCUGAGCAGGACCCUUCACGUCAUCAUACAAAAAACUGAAACAUGAUUUUUACAUUGCUCAUCGUGGCAAACGCCAACUGGAGAUGCCACUGAUUAUAAGAAACAUUUACACUACUUUGUGAAGACAAAACAUUUAAGAAUGUGCAAUAGGGAUGACUUGUUUUGCCCAAACUUUCAUUACAACUGUGAUUAAUUUCUCUUUUUGUAUCUUGAUUCUUACAGAUGAGCUUCUUGUUCUUUAGCUGCAAACGUUUUCUCAUUCUUGUUGUGUGCACGACACGAGCCGUCUUCUCUCUGGGAGGUUUUAGUUUCCUGAAAACUGCAGAAGACAAAAAAAAAUACAAAACAAAAAAAACACAGUAAAUAUUGCAACUCGGAUGUUAAAGUGUCUAGAUUACACAUAAGGUGUUGUGAAAAAAGUAUUUCCUCCCUUUCAGAUCACAAAAUAAAUUCCAAUGUCAGACAUUGAUGGUCUGAAUAAAUUCCAAAGGAUGUUUUUUUAAAUAUGGAUUUUAUUGAUUAAGAUAAAAAAAACUCUCUAAAUAUAAGAAAUACCUGUAGAAAAGUUAUUACUUCCCAAACCUAAGAAAUGCUUGUACCAGCCAUCCAUGAAGUGUUUGCAGUGAUGAAGGAGUGUUUCACGGACUCGCUGUCCUACAUGUUCUGCCACACACCUCCCCUAAACUGAAUGGGUGAUUAAUGGACUCUUGAUUAAGAAUCCUAAUCAGAUGUGCUGCAGCAGAGCCUCGUCUAAAAGAUGCAGGACAGCGGGCCCAGGGCUGGGAAUCACCGCCCAAACAACCCAUUUCUGUAGGUUUCUUUCUUUCUUUUGACUUUCUUUCUUUUAUUUAUUACAGGGACAAUGCAUAUUAAUAUGAUUUCUGUCAAUAUGCCAGAGUUAGCCAGAAAUGCAUUUUUUUUUAUAUCACAGCUGUGUUCGAAACAACAGAAGUGAGUUUAAAAAGGUGAAUGAAAACUUUAAUAAAAGACUUUCAUACCUGCAAAUGCGUUGAGAAGGCAUGAAAAAAAUAUAAUUUGUUAUGACUCUUCUGAAGCUGAGUGAACAUUUUGAUCUGUGAAGUGAAACAUUUAUUGUAUAUAAAUUAAAGAAAAUGCAUAAAGAUUUAGUUUACAUAUGAAUCACCGCGGCUUCUAAGAACAUCUUGCAUGGAGACGACCAGCUUCUGCCUCCUGUGAGAAGGCGUUUCACCCCAGGACGCUGGGACCAUUUCCCACAGCUCCUCUGCUCAUCUUAGUUCUCGUCUUCGUUCUUCUUUUAUUGAGAUCGAUUUUAAAUUUAAAACUGUGAAUGGAGAAUUUUUCUGAAGUCACUUUGGCCUCACGCCACCCAGACAUGUGAGCAGCGGGACCGUGGGAUGCGAAAACUUUCCAUCUAUGUGAUCUCUGCUCUGAUUCUCAAUAAAAGUGCUGGAACUUCAUCACCGCCGUCUCUUC